CGGAGCCGGGGCGGCGGCGCUGCUGCUGCGGCUGCUGCUUCUGCCGCCGGGGCACGAUGGUGUUCGAGUCGCUGGUCGUGGACGUCCUGAACCGCUUCCUCGGAGACUACGUGGUGAACCUGGACAGCUCCCAGCUGAAGCUGGGCAUCUGGGGAGGAGCUGUAGCACUGAAGAAUCUUGAAAUAAAAGAAAAUGCACUGAGUCAGCUGGAUGUGCCAUUUAAAGUUAAAGCAGGACAUAUUGGUCAACUUAACCUACAGAUUCCAUGGCAAAACCUUUAUACUCAACCUGUUGAGGCAGUUCUUGAUGGAGUUUUUUUGCUUAUUGUGCCCACAGCCAGUAUAAAAUAUGAUGCUGAAAAAGAAGCCAGACAGCUCUUGGAAGCAAGACAGAGGGAAUUGCAAAGGAUAGAGGAGGCAAAGCAGAAAAUAGCUGACCAAGAUAAAGAAAAAGAAGAGAAACAAGACACUUUUGUAGAAAAACUAGUCACUCAGGUCAUCAAAAAUCUUCAGGUGAAAAUUUCCAACAUCCAUAUUCGCUAUGAAGAUGAUAUCACAAAUCGAAAUAACCCCUUGUCUUUUGGGAUUUCACUUCAGAAUCUAAGUUUGCAGACCUCAGAUAAGAAUUGGAAUCCAUGUUUACAUGAUGAAACUGCCAAGUUGUUCUACAAGCUUGUACGACUAGAUAACCUUUUUGCUUACUGGAAUGUGAAAUCGGAGAUGUUCUACCAUGGUGGUUGUGAUGAAUCGUUGGUUAAUUUAAAACAGGGAGUUGCCAGCCACAAUGUGAUUCCGGAAGGUUAUGAUUUUGUAUUCCGCCCAAUUUCAGCUAAAGCCAAACUCCUUAUGAAUCCUCGAUCAGAUGUUGACUUUUCAUCACCAAAAAUGGAUUUAGAUGUAAAUUUACAGGAUAUAACUGUUGAAUUCAAUAAGCCGCAGUACUUCAGUGUUAUGGAGCUUCUUGAGUCUAUUGAUAUGAUGACUCGAAAUCUGCCAUAUAGGAAGUACAGACCUGAUGUUCCAUUGCACAACAAUGCCAAGACAUGGUGGAAAUAUGUUAUUUAUGGCAUCCUUGAAGUAAAUAUUCAACCUAAGCUCCAAAUGUGGUCAUGGGAACAUAUUCGGCACCAUAGGAAACAAGUGAAGAACUAUAAAGAGAUGUAUAAAAUGAAGAUAACAUCAAAAAAACCUAAUGAAGAAAUCUUAAAAUUGUUGGAGGAAUUCGAAAAGGCCUUGGAUAUUUUUAACAUCACUUUAGCAAGGCAACAAGCAGAAGUUGAGGCAACUAAGGCUGGAUUAAAAAUCUACAGACCAGGAGUAAAACAAGAUGAUGAAAAUUCUGGUGGCUGGUUUAGUUGGAUAUGGAGCUGGUCAGGUGAAAGAAAGGAUGAACAAAAACAAGAAGUAAAGGGUUCAAGUCUUGAAGAGCUGAUGACACGUGAAGAGAAGGCUAAACUUUAUGCAGCAAUUGGAUAUAGUGAAACAGCUGUGGAUCCAACCCUUCCAAAAUCAUAUGAAGCCAUGAAGUUCUCUGUGAAUUUAUUAAGCAUGUCUAUAUCUAUAAGAGAAAACAAGCAGACUCCUGAGCUGGUAGUGUUUGCAUUAACCGGCUUGAGUACAGUAUUUACGCAACGACCAGGUGCACAAGCAAUAAGAUUUGAAACAAAAAUUACCUCACUUGAAGUUACAGGCAUGUCUCGGGAAAAGUGUACACCCUGUCUCCUAUCUUCUCGAACGGUCUAUUCGGACAAGAGUACCUCGCUUUUAAGCAUAAUGUUUGAGACUAAUCCUUUGGAUGAGAAAGCAGAUCAGAGGCUUAGGAUAGAAUCACAGCCAUUGGAAAUAGUAUAUGACGCGAUGACAAUAAAUAGCUUAGUGGAUUUCUUCAGACCUCCAAAGGAUGUACAUUUAGAGCAGUUGACAUCAGCAACUCUUAUGAAGCUUGAAGAGUUCCGUGAAAAAACAUCAACAGGACUGUUGUAUGUUAUUGAAACCCAGAAAGUUCUUGACCUCAAAAUUAACCUCAUGGCUUCAUACAUCAUUGUUCCACAAAAGGGAUUCUAUGACCGUACAUCAAAUUUACUACUUCUGGAUCUUGGUAGUCUUAAGAUGAAAAGCAAAAGUCGUUCAGAUUUGUCAGAACUCAAAGUAGGACAAAGCACUAUUGAAGAUAUAAUGUCAAGAGCUUAUGACAGUUUUGAUAUCCAGCUCAGCAGUAUACAGUUACUGUACAGCAAACAUGAUGAGAACUGGCAAGAGGCUCGGAAGCUGAAAUAUUCAUCUCAACAUAUCUUGCAGCCCUUAGAUGUAAAAGUGGAAUUUAGCAGAGCUAUGGUUGUUACAGAUGCAAGAAUGCCCAAGUUCAAACUGUCUGGACAGCUGCCCUUACUUUCUAUCCAAAUAUCAGACCGGAAGCUGACAAGUAUCUUGGAGCUAAUUGAUAGCAUUCCUAAGCCAGAAAGUGCUCCUGCUACCAGUUCUCCUCCAAAAAUAACUGAGGCUGCAAUAUCCCCUGUGCUCUCAGCACCACAUUUAUCGCAAGGUUUGUUUCCUGUUUUGGAUCUUCAUUCAUUUGCGGAGUCAGAAUCAGAAGAAGAAUUUUAUGAUGCUUUAAGCAGUCCUGUGGAAGACAUGCCAUUUUUUGAAGCUCCAUCUGGUUCCCUCAAACGAGCUAGCAGUACAAGGCGAAGAAAACUACGUAAACAAGAAUCUUUGAAAAAUAUGACAGAAUUCCAGCUAAGGUUUGAAGUAGCUGAGGUCUUAAUUAAAUUAUGCCGUCUUACUGGUAAUACUGAGACACCUGUGCUGCAGCUUGAUAUUGUAGGGUUAGGCACUGAACUUAAAUUGAGAACAUUUGACAUGACUGCAAAUGCUUUCCUUCGUGAAGUUUGUCUGCUGUGCCCAGAAUAUAUGGAUGAUAAUGACAAGCCAGUUUACAUAGUUACUACUUUGGAUAAUGUAGCAGACGAUCUUCUUGCUCUGGAGUACAUAAAGGCUGAUAUUAAUGGACCAGAACUGAAAACUGCCUAUCAGAAUGUUCUACAGAAAAUAAAGGUAAACUUUUCAUCUCUUGAUAUUCAUUUGCAUACUGAAGCUCUGCUGAAUGCUAUGAACUAUCUGAAUAAUCUUCUACCGAAACAAGAAACUAAAGUUGCAGAAGAACCAGUCCAUGAAAAAACAGAGGAGAAGAAGGAUGUUCUUAAGAAACUGACAUCAAAAAAAUCCAAGUAUGAAGAUGUUAUCGACCUCAAUAUCUGUGCGGAUUUAUCCUGUUUACGUAUCUUUAUUAGAGAGAAAAAACAUAGAAUAGCUGAAAUUCACAUUGAAGGUCUGGAUAGCCAAGUGAUCAUGAAGAAAGCAGCAACAGAAGUGACUGCAAAAUUAAAGAACAUCAUUAUUGUGGAUUCUGAUGAGAUGGCAUUGUAUAAAAAGGCUCUUUACAUCACAGGAAAAGAAGUCUUCAACUUCAGAAUGAUAUCAUAUGUGAAUGCUACUGAUGGCAUUGCGUAUACAAAUAUGGAUGUUGUUGACAAUCGUAUUUACCUAACUGUUGGGUGUAUUCAAGUAGUUUUUGUCAACAAGUUCGUUUCAACUGUUUUGGCUUUUAUAAAUAACUUUCAAGCUGCCAAGGAGGCUCUUACUGAGGCAACUGUUCAAGCAGCAGAGAAAGCAGCUACAGGUGUAAAAGAGCUAGCGGAGCGUAGUUCCCGUUUGGCACUAGAUAUCAAUAUUAAAGCACCUGUUGUGAUAGUUCCACAGUCAGCAAUGUCUGCGAAUGUCUUGGUGGCUGAUCUUGGUUUAAUCACCGUGAAGAACCAAUUCUUUAUCGCUAAAACAAAAACACGGUAUAAUCUCCCGCCUGUUGUUGACUCUAUGACAGUGAAAUUGAGUGAACUAAAGUUAUACAGGUCAUGCUUCGAGCAGGGUUCAUUGCAAACUGAAGUACAGCUGCUGCAGCCACUCAAUCUGGAAGUAGCUGUUGAACGAAAUUUAGCUGCUGCAUGGUAUAACGAAGUUCCUGAUAUUGAAAUAUCUGGCCGACUGAAGCCUAUGAAUCUGAUUCUCAGUCAGGAAGAUAUUACCACAAUAUUGAGAACACUAAAUGAAAAUAUAGGUGGAAGCUCUGGUGCAUCAGCAUCUUUACCGGAACCAAAAGAUACGACUAGCCAUUGUAGUGAUAUGCAUAGUACUUCACAGCACUCUGCAGGUGUAACUGUUGUAACAUCAGCUGUGGUGGAAUUGCAUUCACCUAUGAAAAUAAAGACAACACUAAAACUGGACUUCAGAUUUGACUCUUUGACUUUAGUAUUGUAUAGUCCAAAUUCAAAACAGGUUACAAAUUUGGAUCAGAGAGAUGACCUUUUGAAGCUUGCAGAGUUUAAAUUAGUGUUGAUGUCAGCUGCUGUCAAAAUGUUAUCAGAUGGUUCAAUGAAUGCUUCAGUCAAGCUGGCAAACUGCACAUUAGAUGAUAAAAGACAGUCAAUCCAGAAGGCUACGCCAAGAAUGGUGGAAAUGAAACAUGGAUUUGAAAAGAAAGUUAUGGUGGAUAUAAGCUAUAAGCAGGGGAGAGAUGGCACUAUUCUUGAUGUGAUUGUUCAGGAGAUAUACCUUUGUGCAAGCAUGGAGUUUCUACUUACUGUUGCAGAUAUAUUCCUAAAGGCUAAUGCAGAAAGUGCUGCUGCACAAAGAAAUCUCAAACAGUCAUUACCUUUAAAGGAGCAAGCACCUGUGCAGCCUGUAUCUACAAUGGAAAUGAACAUUGUUGUUAAAAAUCCAGAGAUUGUGUUUGUGGCUGAUUUAACAAGAAGUGAUGCUCCUGCAUUGGUGGUUACAACACAGUGUGAGGUCUUCAUUAAAAAUAGCCCUGAAAGGUAUAGCAUGACAGCUGCUGUUAAAGAGAUACAAAUGAAAGCUUGCCCAUUUCUUCCAGAGCAAAGGAAAGGGAACAUUACUACGGUAUUACAGCCUUGUGACUUCUUCUUUGAAAUGAAACAGUCAGGUACUGAUCCACAGACAGCUGAUCUAACGAUUAAAUCUCUAACAAUAAAAGUUUCACCAAUAAUCAUAAACACAGUAAUUACUAUAACAUCAGCCCUCUAUCAAACUACAGAAACAACAGAAGAAGAGAUUAGUCAAAUUCCUCCAGAUUUGUGGAAUAAGAAAGAUAAAAACCUAAAAAUGUGGUUUCUUGAAGAGUCAAAUGAAAAUGAAGAUACAAAUCCAACUGCUGAACUGGUUCCCACAGGAGAGUCAUUGAAAAUGAAUAUAGAAUCUGUUUUUCUAACACUUGAAGCUGGGGUUGGGCACCGAACUGUACCAAUGCUUUUAGCCAAGUCCUCAUUUAUUGGAGAAGUCAAAAACUGGAGUACUCUAAUCAACCUACGUUCUCGUCUUGGUCUAGAGGUACACUAUUUUAACGAGAUGUUUGGCGUGUGGGAACCUUUGCUUGAACCACUGGAAGUUGAAAAGACUGAUUUUUUCAAACCAUGGACUCUUGAAAUCAAGAUGAAGAAGAAGGCUAAAAAAGCUUUGGUUGAAUCAGAUGCAGAAGAAGAAAACUACAAAGUUCCAGAAUAUAAAACAGUAAUACAUGUUUCCUCAAAAGACCAGCUGAACAUUACACUGUCUAAAUGUGGGCUACAAAUGUUGAGUAACUUGGGCACGGCAUUUGCUGAAGCAGCUAGUCAAACUUCAGACAUCUUCAAAAAAGAUCGAGCACCAUUUGUAAUAAUAAAUUCUUUAGGACUUCCCAUCACUGUCUCGCCUAGUGAUUCCUUUAGUGUCCUUAAUGUUGAAUUUGGAGCAAAAUUAUUUCAUUUAAGAGAUGGAGAGAAUUUAAAUAUGGAAUUUGUCAGAACUAAAAAUGAGAGUGACCAGUUCACAGCAAUGACAACUCUGAGUAGCAAGAGGUUUUACAUUCAGAUCUGUCCACAUAAUCAUUCCACUGUGGAAAAGAUUCCAUUGACAAAAGUGGGUCGAUGUAUUUACAGUGUGAGACAUGAGGAAUCAGGUGUUGAAAGGUUCAUUGUCUGCCAAAUUGAUACUGUUGAAGGAAGCAAGAUGAUAACUAUACGUUCUCCUGUUCAGAUAAGGAAUCAUUUUUCAAUCCCAUUAAAUAUUUUUGAGGAAGGAAGAUGUUUAGGAACUGCUUCACCAGAAAAUGAAUUCAACAUUCCAUUGUCCUCUUACAGAUCCGUACUGAGUUUGCAACCGCUAGCCAGUGAAAAUGGAGUGGAUGGAGAAUAUGAUAUGUGUGAAGGAAUUACAUUUGAUGAAAUUAUGAAAAAUGUUGAUAGUUUAUUACAAAGGAAAUGCCAGUCUGUGAGGUCAACUAACCACUCACUUAUCAUCAAUAUUGUUCCUGUAAAAGACACGUUGACAUCUUCAUUAUAUGCAGAUGAUCAAUGGGAUUUUCCAUAUGUUGUUCAUUUAUGGCCUUCUGUUCUUCUUCGCAAUCUUCUUCCUUAUCAAAUAACUUAUUCUGUAGAGGUAAUUCUUUAA